GCGAGCUUUUCCACGAGUCUUGCUCCACGCUGGCUGUCAAGAACCAUGGACUAUUUUUAUAUGCCCUGUUUGCUGUCAAGACACCAUGACGCCUGGUAACCGAAUGCUGAUGGUGAUUCUGGUAUGCCAAGUCCUGCUAGGCGGCACCGCCCGUGCCAACUUGAUCCCCGCCGAGACUGGCAAAAAGAAGGUGGUCGGCGGAUUGCUGCACCCGCGAGGAGGCGGCGGCGGAGGGGGAGGAGGCCGAGCCGAGGAAGGCGCCCCCCCGGGGACCUCCCGCCGCCCCUUCCCCAGCCAUGAACUCUUGCGCGGCUUCGAGGCCACGCUGCUCCAGAUGUUCGGGCUCCGCAAGCGGCCGCAGCCCAGCCGGAGGGCGGUGGUGCCCGCCUACAUGUUGGACCUCUACCGCCUCCAGUCCGGGGGGGACCACGAGCAACUGCUGGAUCUCAGCCUCCAGUACCCCGAAAAGUCCACCAGCCGCGCCAACACCGUGAGGAGCUUCCACCACGAAGAAGCCUUGGAAGCUCCGCCGGGCCCCUCUCCUCCUUCGCCGCUGCUCUUCUUCUUCAACCUCAGCAGCGUGCCCGCCGACGAGGCCAUCUCCUCGGCGGAGCUGCGGCUCUUCCGGCAGCGGCUGCGGGACGAGCCGUCGGGAGGCUCCCGGCGGGAGCCGCCCUGGCACCGGAUCAACGUCUACGAGGUGAUGAAGCCGGGCGCCGAGGGGCUCGAGCCGGCCACCCGCCUGCUGGACACGCGCCUGGUGCAGCCCAACGUCAGCCGCUGGGAGAGCUUCGACGUGAGCCCGGCGGUGGUGCGAUGGACGGCGGGCGGGCAGCCCAACCACGGGCUGGCCGUCGAGGUGGUCCCGCUGAGCCCCCGGGCUCCCCCGGCCGCCGCCCACGUGCGGGUCAGCCGCUCCUUACCUCAAGGCCGAGGCCUCGACGACGACGCCUGGGCGCGCCUGCGCCCCCUCCUGGUCACCUUCAGCCACGACGGCCGAGGCCAGGCGCCCCUCACCCGACGGCCCAAGCGCAGCCCCAAGCACGGCCACCCGCGGCCGCGCAAGAACAAGAAGAACUGCCGCCGCCACGCCCUCUACGUGGACUUCAGCGACGUGGGCUGGAACGACUGGAUCGUGGCCCCCCCGGGCUACCAGGCCUACUACUGCCAGGGCGACUGCCCCUUCCCCCUGGCCGACCACCUCAACUCCACCAACCACGCCAUCGUCCAGACCCUCGUCAACUCCGUCAACGCCAGCAUCCGGGCCUGCUGCGUGCCCACCGAGCUCAGCGCCAUCUCCAUGCUCUACCUGGAUGAGUAUGACAAGGUGGUCCUCAAGAACUACCAGGAGAUGGUGGUGGAAGGCUGCGGCUGCCGCUGAGGACCCCUC